UGAUGCCUUAUUUGGUUCUUCCCCAUGGUAAUUGAGACCUACUGCUUUCCAUUCCACCAUGCUUUUGGUACCAGCAUCAUCACUUCAAGAUGCGUUGUGUAACGCCAGCGACCUCCAGUAACCUUGUUGUGCUAUUUCUCCGGAAGGAAACGUUGCAGGCUGCUACCCAGUUGGAAGCCACUGAUAAAUAGCUUGGAUUUAUUCUAGGUCAGAAGUCAUAGCAGUCAGGAGAGGCACGCAGAGCUUAGCCGAUUAUCCUGAGGCUACUGAGCAAUAAAAAGGCAUUGCUACGCAGCCUUCACUCCAUCUCUGCAAGCAGCUUAAGGAGAAGGAAACAUCGGGGCUGGUUUCUUAGUGGUCUCUCUGCCAAGAUUGCUGCUGGAAGGGUUAGCUGUUACUACCGACGGUAACCAAGCAGCAGUGAGACAACAGUGUGAGUGAGGAGAGCUGCGCAGAGCUGUGCAUUGCAGGGUAUUCCCACGCGUGUGUGCGCGCUACAGCGGGACGUGGAAUUACCGCACAUCCAGCACUGAGUUUCAAGUGCAAGGCUUCUGCGGCAGAGUGUGAUACGGAGGGACUGGUUUCUCUGAAGAAAAAUGGCUCCCUUGAGUGCUUUGCUUGUUAUUCUCUCCAUGCCGAUGAUACUAGCCACUGAUGUUAGUCCUGGCUGCAAGAUACGUGUUACCUCCAAAGGCCUUGACUUGGUCCAUGAAGAAGCCUUGAAGUUUGUGGAGCAACAAUUGGAGAAUAUCUCAAUCCCAGACCUGACAGGGAAUGAAGGCCAAUUUCUCUACAACAUCAGCCAGGUGAAGAUCACACAACUGCAGAUAAUGUCGUCUGACCUUGAUUUUGAGCCCAGUGAUAUUCUGGCCUUCCAAGUCGCAAAUGCCUCUAUCAGCCUGAAUUUCCAGAGGAAGCUGUAUUAUUGGUUCUUCUAUGAUGUUGGUUCCAUCAAUGCCUCAGCAGAAGGUGUCGACAUAGACACUAAACUGAAGCUCAUCAGAGAUGCUGGAGGACGACUGAAGAUAUCCAAUAUCACAUGCACUACAGCCAUCAAGAAAAUGAAGGCAUACUUCUCUGGCACUCUGGGAACUGUUUAUGACUUUUUGGCUUCCUUUAUCACAACUGGGAUGCAGUAUUUGGUCAAUCAACAGAUUUGUCCAGCCUUAAAGCAUGCAGGCUUGGUUCUUCUUAACACUUUACUGGACACAGUGCCAGUCAGAACACCAGUAGAUGAUUAUGUUGGAAUUGAUUACUCCCUUCUGAAGGACCCUGCUGUCACCUCCGAACAUCUGGACAUGAACUUUAAGGGAAUGUUUUAUGAUCGUGCAAAUGAAAACGAUACUCUCCCAAACUCUGCAGUACCCCCAAUCAUCAAAGAUUCUGAGCGUAUGGUGUAUGUGGCGCUCUCGGAAUACUUCUUUGAUUCAGCAAUGGAUGCUUACUACAAAGCUGGAGUGUUCGCCAUGGACAUCUCUGGAGAAAAGAUGCCAAAGGACCUGGAAAUGUUGCUCCGAACAACAUACUUUGGAUCAAUUGUUUUGCUGAAUCCAGCUGCAAUUGAUGCACCAAUAAAGCUAGAGCUCCAAGUUUCUUCUACACCUCAUUGUGUCAUCAAGCCAUCUGGAAACACUGUGUCUGUAACUGCAACCGUAAAGGUCAUCCUGAUGCCUCCAGAUGCCAUUCCCAUCCAGCUAUCCAGUAUGACCAUGGAGUCAAAGUUUAGUGCCAUAGUAUCCCUAAAGGGGAAGCGCAUUUCUGUCCACCUGACUCUCAAACGAUUUAAAAUAUUCUCCAAUCAGUCUACUCUGGAAUCGCUAGCAUUAAUUCCACUGCAGACUCCAUUGAAAACAUUACUUCAGAUCAGCAUUGUGCCACUUCUGAAUGAGAGAACUCAGCAAGGUGUGCAGAUACCUCUUCCUGAAGGGAUGGAUGUUAUUAACGAAGUUGUAACUAAUCACUCGGGUUUUAUCACUAUAGGAGCAGACCUCCAUUUCUACAAAGGGCUGAGAGAAGUAAUUGAAAAAUACAGACCAGUUCCAAGUCUGAACAUUAAUGAAACUGCUCAGCAGUGAAACAGAAGUGAAGAAACAUCACAUCGUCCAGUCUAUCUUCUUACUUGCUCUUUGUUAUUGUCUAGACCAUGUCUAAAUUCUAGUUUAAAAUUUCCAUCAUAAUUCAUUCAUAUAUUAUAUUAGUAUUAACAAUUUUGAUAUGAAUCUGCAUUUUCUUUUUAGUUAACAAAUUUAAGACUUCGUGUUUUAUGUUUAUUUGUGUCUACAUGUACAGCUGAUACUAAUAUGAACCACUCUGUAUCAGCAUUUUCAAAUUUCAGAAAUUGUGUUUUUCUCGGUUAAGGAAUUAAGAAAUGUGAUAGUUUUACUUCUAAAAAUGUGUCUUUUUUUACUAGAAGCCAUCAUAGAUAUAUUUUCCCAUUUUGGUCUGUACCUUUAAAUGGUUCACUGAAAUCAGUGCACUACUGCAAUAAACCAAGUAAAAUAAAAAUAAAACAAUUUAGGUCACGUAAACUAGCAUGUCGAACAGGCCCAGUGGAGUCCACCAGAUUUUGAAAAAUUUGUAUAGAACUUUACAAUGUUAACAAUUCUAGAUGGUCACUGAAUGUGCUUGAACCUUAGAUAAGUUAUGCAAAAAAUUCUACCAAGAAACUUUAAUAAAACAACCUGAGUGCUCUGAGAAA